AUGGAAGGAGCAGUCCAAUGGAGCGACCUGCAAACAUCGUUGCUCAGAGCAGAAGCCGCUACACUGUGGAAAGAGCCGCCGCGGCACUGCAACUCUACUCUCAAACGGAGUAAAGUGCCGGUCCGCAAUCUCAGCAGCUCUCACUUUUUCACAUGGGACGGCAACCGUAAACAAAUAAGACAGCUCCCAAGCAGUGGCGCACGUGGUAACUUCACUAAAAUCAUAAAGCGCCCCAGCGACCGUGGCAGGUACCUAGAUCAUUUGACAGAAAUGCUGGGCGAAUAUGGAACAGAACUUUAUGCCGAGCUAGAAUGCUCCUGGCUAAACGUGACAGCAGCGCCUUUCCUUGUGGAUGCAAUAUUAGAUACUUUGAGCCUUGCAGAAACAGCUCAGAAGGCACUACAAGAGCAGAUCAACCUCCUUUUAGUUUCACUGUCAUGGUGGAUUUCAGGUUGCUCCAACCAUAGCGGGAAGCCAGCAGACUGUACGUUGGCUACCCUACAAAGUUCACCCGGAGAUCCACCUGCAAAGCUGUCACAACCCCAGGAACAUCAAACGGUUUGCUGCAACAAAGGUAGGGGUAGCUUUCGAGUGAUGUGUUUAACCAAGCCUUUUUCGCCGUCAGUAGAAAAGGGCAACGAUGUGGCUGUUUUCCCCUGUUGUGCCCUGACAGACGUCGUAGAUGGCUCCUGCUCGGAGCUCAAUACUAAGCACGUAAUAUUAGACGCUACAUUCGAGGAGAGCCCUCCAUUCGCGACUGAACCUGCACGGGCGACGGGAGAUUACUUGACAGAUCAAUUUAAAGAAGCGCCGUGCAGCGAGGAUCAGUAUCUGCCUCUGUUGGUGAACCUGACUGGUCUGCCGUUGGCUGUCCACGUGGAGCCGCCAACACAGAUCGUCACAGACUCAGGUCGCCCAACAUUUCGCUCUCUUCAAGCUAAUCACCUCGUCGUGGAUGACUUUUUCGUUCGGCGCCGGAGAGCGCUGACACGUAGGUGUAGAAUAGCACACACGCAAGCAGUACCUGGUGCAGUACAUGAAAAAAGAUGCUGUCAUGAGAAGACUGUGCUUGAAAGCAGCACCUAUGCAACAGGGCGAAGCACUUUUGACGGAGACAGCAGUCCUACAAAGCAACAAUACCUUGUUUGGCCCAUGUGGAUGCAGGGACAGGCAUACAAGGUCGCCGUGCGCUUGCAAAUCGUCGGAGUUGAUUUCGAGAUAUGCGACCUACAACUUGACCGCAGCCAAGUCUCAGUAAAAGAGUUGCCCUUGGAUAUCCCAUCCCCUGUACACGAUACAAGGGGGAGGCAUGCCUGUAGAAAAGUGCGAUGUGAAUCGCUCUACUCAGCUCGAAUUCUUGUGAAGACGGUGUUUGUACCCAGCAGCAGGACAUUUAACACGUAUCUGUCCUCCGUGAUCUCCAUCCACAAUAACUUGUCUGUGCCUGUCCUGGUUUUCCCGCACCCUGCUCUAGCUCUUUUGGACCAGUCCGAUAAAGGCAUUUUAGUGGAAAAUAUUAGAUGCUCUGCCUACGAGGGUGAAUCCCCGAAGGUCACCGCAGAGCGCUGUGCAUGCCACGCUAAUUAUUCAAACCGGUCAGCUAGAGCCCGUAUUGUGAUAAAUCACGGCUCCGCAGCAGCCCCAGAAUGGUCGUGUGCGAACCAUUUAGGAGGAAGCAAUCAGGUCGAGCCACACGGAGGAAUAGGGCAUAUACCCUUGUCCUGGAUCUUGCCAAAAGCAGUUGUGGCUCAUAGGCUCCAGGUGUUGGGUAUGAAAAAGGGAGGGGAACCCUUGCGUACAACCUGGAAAGAGCACGGGUUAGAGCCAGAUCAGCCGCCUCCCAGUCCAACGGCAAACCGUUUAGGGCAAGCAGUGUUAUCAUUUCACAGCCAUACAGUAAUGACUGGCCUUUCUUCUCUUUGGAAAGGGCCACAACAGGAUACUCAAAAAGAAAAUGGCUCUACGGUAACGACUAUGCCGUCAAAAAUAGUUAAGAACUGUGGCAAUUUUUCUGGAGCUAAUAAUUCAGGGAUCGCCGUGUUAGUGGAGGGCCGGCCUCCAACAGCUUCCGACUUAAGUUACCUGAACGAAUGGCUUGAUGACACGUCAAUCGAGCCCUUAUAUUUUAUACCGUCUAGUUGCAUUUCCACGCAAAACGAGGUGGAAGUAUACAACACUCAUGGGCAUUGUAACAGUAGGCGCAGCCAUAAAAUGAGCAAGUUGGCGCGAUAUAUAGCACCCCAAGUGAGCAACAUCGGUCGUGCACCCUCAUCAGAUACGCCGGAUGAAAACAAACAAGAUAUGCCCCAAGAAUGUCCGACGUUUCGGGUUUCUGAAAAUUCCUCUACAGACGAGGAAACACAGGCUUACCAAACCAUUUAUGCUUUAGCGCAGUCUCUUGGGUCCAAGCCACUUUUACAGAAAGCAACCUUACAACAAGUUGCACUCGGACGUAGCCAUAGCGUCCUCUCAUAUGAAUGCCAGCCUCAGAUUGUGGAGUUUCUACUUGGAGAAGGAGGCGCUGGUGCGGAUGGCAAGGCUGCUACUCGAAGGCUGCCAAAAGCCAUAAAUCAUCUUGAUCAAGACGCUAGUAGUAUAAGCAGCAGCGGCGGGUCCAGCUUCUAUGCUGCCUUUGCCGUGACAGUUUACGGUCAAUCGCGAGACUUGCUGUCUGAAGCAGACCCGUUGUUCUUUGAAGUAUGUCUGAGCGCACCAAUCAACGUGGGAAACCGCCUAUUUGAGCCACUUGGGCUUUUUCUUGUUUCCAGCACAUCGUCACCGCUUCCACAGCAGAAAGAAUCAUCACCACAGACACUAGCAUCACAUUCCCAAAGGAAUGCCAUUCCCCAUGCACUCAUUAAUGCAGGACAAGACAUCGAUAUCCUAAAAGUGACUUCCGGGUUUGUGUUCGAGUUUGUUACUACUGCCGGAGGAAAGAAACACCAGCAUUUAUACAGAUCUGAGCCUUUGGUUAUAGACUACCAUGUGCCUGCCCCCACUAAUGCUAUAAAUCGUGUUAUAACUUUUAAGCGAACAAGUAUAAUUGAUGAAGUGGGAAACACAAUACAGCAGCACUCUGCGGAGUACCGUCGCCUUUCCAUGUAUCAGCCAAAUGAGCUAUGUGUGUACGCGGAGAUAGCUGGAUGGUGUAAGAAAAAUCUGGACUCUACCAGCAUUACUGACUUUGAUCAAAACGGUUUCCUUGGCAGCGCUUCUAAACUGACAAACAUAAAAACACAUAUGUGGGGUACAUGUGUCAGGGCCAUCCGCAUUUUCGCUCCUUACUGGCUUGUCAAUCGGCAACCGGAGCCGCUUGUUGUCUCUUACUGCGACUACCCAAUGCAGUACUUAGCCUCCUGCGACUGGAGGCUUUUGGGAGUGCCGUUACAUGGGCAUACUUCAGUAGCUCUUGGCGUUGCACCCAGUGGAGAAUUCAGGCAGUGUUGCGGUCCACGCAAAGAUGAAAGAGAUUCUGUUCACCUGGGAGACAUGGGGGCUUCUGGUUCACGUGACCACUCUUCUCUAAGGUUAUGCUCAGCUUUCCGUAUUGAUAUUGUUGGCCGCACCACGGCUGUUUCAGUUCCAGUACAAAGCCCAGCCAGCCUUGGUGCCAAUGGAAUCAACAGAACCUACUAUCAUUUUGGCGUCACAGUAGCUCUCGCCCCACCGCCUUUCUCACGUUCCAAAAUCGUCAGUAUAUACACCCGCUUUGUAUUAAAGAACAUUCUUCCCUAUGACCUUUGGGUCAAGGAGUGUAGUGGUAAUUCACCCCCUCUCUCGCUGGCUGCAGGGAGUCAGUGUGCGUUCCAUCCGCAGACGGUGGUACCCGGAGAAGCACUCAUUUACAUCGCCACGGUUGACCCCGCAAUCGUCGACUCUCUUUCUAAAAGCACUGAGAACAGAAGAGGCGUGACUAGAAAACCAGGGGCAUUGUGUCUUGAUGGAGGAAGAAAGGGCCAGUCUAUACAACAAAGUAUAUGGUCAUCACAGGUUUCAAUAUCCCGCAGAGCUUCGUUUCAAAUCCGCCUUAACACCCUCAUAAUGCCUACGAGGAAAUCUCAUGCCAGAUUUGGCUUUAGAAUGGGUGCAACCACCAUCUGCAAGGAUGUACGAGCACUUUUCCAGGCCCAUAAAAACAUCCAAAUAUCCAUUCGUUCUCUAGAUGGAGCUUCGUUUGUAGUAUUAUUCAGUCUGCCUGUGAAGUCCGAAUACCUUCUUCUCAACAAUACUGAUUACUUAAUCGCUUUUGCUCAAGGUGGACUUCGACAUAAGCGCGUCUGGGAGCUUCUAGGAAGAAGGAAGCAAAUGGAGUAUGCUUGGAGCGAUCCCCAAAGGGAGCGAAAAUACCUUCGAUUUUCUGUUUUGGACUGUAACCAACAAGUUACAAAAAGCUACAACAUAGCACGCAUUCGUGUACACCGUCCCCUUAUUUUGCCGAUUUCCAAAGAAAAAAUAUACUUUGCUACGGACGUGUGCGGCACCAGCAGACGAGUUAUCGCUACGAUGGAUGCGCCUCCGAGGCAGAGGCAAACCACUUCUACCACAGAUUCCAGGAGACGUGCCGUUCGUGACUUCCUGGUAAGUCACAAUUUAUGGCAGAGUAAUGGAAGCUCACGAGCUAAACGAAAUGGACGAGAGUUUUCAAGAGCGGAACUGUCUUUCCACGCAACCACGAAAAGGAAGAAAAUUGAGCAUAUGGAAGCAACGCAAUUAGCAGGGACAUCCCAUUUGAUAGGCCUUUACCCGGAAGGGCUAAUACCACAGCCCAGAUUGCUUCAGAGAGAGACAAAAGAAGCUCCACGCAGCAGCUGCUGGAGUGGCAGAUUCGCUCCUAGUAGAGAAGAACCUUUGCGUUGUAUGCGGGCUGACUGCUUAUGCACUCCUGAACAAGCAGAGCCAGAAAAGGUUUUUUACUUGAGUAAAGCAUCUGACAACCAGGAGGGCAACUACGCAGCUAGACAAAGCCGUAUGGCAACGCUCAUUGGAACUCGUCAAAAAUCGUUCCGCAAACAUGUCAAAUCGAGAUCACGCAGAUCAAGCACAGCCACUGCAUGGAACAGUUUCCGCAGGAAUAAGGGGCUGUCACCCAGAUUACCAGGCGCACAAUCCCCCCAAGAAUCGAAUCAGGCUGUCAAGUUUACCGGAAAGAGAUUUCUUUUAGGUAUGGGAAUGCAUAUCCGCAUUUCUAUCCAAGGAUUCGGCCUAUCCCUCGUGGACUCCACUCCCCAAGAACUUGUGUUUGUUGGCUGUUCGGGUAUCCGUGCAGAGGUCCUGCGUUUACGUGCAUCACAAAUUCAGGAAUUUCGCUUUUCUAUAAGGGCUUUCCAAGUAGACAACGGAGUAGCAGAGGCUGAGCAUCAAACUAUUUUGAGGCAGAUAACACCUGAGGAGUGCCUUGAUCAUUAUGGAUCCGGCAAGGCGGGAUUAUUCGAACGGGGACCAUUGAGCGCCGGGUCAUGCGAGGGAGUACUACGAGCCAAUGCAAAACCAAAACAGGACUGGGGUGCAUUUGAGGGGUGCAAGGGGGGGGAGCGCUUUCCCUUCCUGAGAUUCCAGUUUGGCGGUAGCCUGAGGAAUGGGGUGGCGAUUCUCGAAUACGUUGAUGCUGAACUCGCACCCAUUGCGUUGCACGUCGAGGCAGAUACAGCGUACGUUCUAGUCCGCUUCUUUAUGCGGCUUCUGCAGAAUCGCUCAAUAUUCUUUAGGUCGCUGCGCCAUCGAAACGUGCAGCUCGUUCGAGAGGCAGCUGCCAAUCGGCCAGAUACUGCCGGAUAUGAGCGAUUGCGGGCAUUCCCAGAAGCAACCAUCCCAUUGGCAGCAACCUUAAGACCGCUAUAUAUUCAUACAUUAUCUAUCCGGCCAAUGCUGCUAAUUUUAUCGGCAAGAUCACAACGCUUGCGCAAAAGAGAUACUGGGACGGUUCAUAACGGGCUGAUGACGUUCCGCCAAUUUGAGUUUCUAGGAUAUCCAAUGACCGACAUUACUAAUUUUCCGCUAAAAUCUCGCCUUUUUGUACAGCAGUGUGUUUUCACCACUGCUGAGCAGCUUGUAGAUGAUUUGUGUUCUUCGUACGUUCAACAAUGUAUUCGGCAGCUCCACAAACUUUUGGCCUCUAUAGAUGUCAUUGGAAACCCGCUUCGUCUUAUUACUGGACUAUCAUCUAGUUUACGUGCUGUCACCGGCAAUCAAUUGAGAACAACUGCGAAUGGAGCAAUUCCUAUACGGCUUCGCCAUGAACGUUGUACUUACCAUGUACAGUCGUGGUGCUUCUUGAGCAAUAAUGUGUACUCAGGUCCUUCCUUAUCCGAUACAUCACGCUCAUCAUUUCUCAAAUGCCUGUACAGGUUGACGGUGAACUUUGCCAGCGCAGUAUUUGCUUCCAUCAGCAGCAUAGGCGCAGGACUUCUCAGACUGUUUGAACUCUUCAGGCUUACAGAUAUACGCGGUAUUUUAUCCUUGUGGCCAGAGCCCAUACGGAUACAGCCAAGCAGAAUAGAACGUCCAGAAACGCUCUGCGAAGGCCUCUACACAGGAAUCCUAGGAGCUGUACAGAUCGUUGGAGGGUCUGUAGUGGCCGUCGGAUCCAUACCUUUGAGACGCAAAAGGGCCUCUGGGUGCACAGGGUUCUGCAUAGGUGUCCUUCAGGGAAUAGCAUACCUUGUUGCGGGACCAGCCGUUGGGCUAGUGCUGUUUUGUGUCGCAGUAGCUGCAGGUGCCAGCAGUACCCUUCGGCGCAAAUCGAUGAUAAAAAAGACGCGCCCCCUUCGUGUUUUCCAGCCGCAUUUGGCAGUAUUGCCCUAUGCCUUGCACACAGCACGCGCGAUGAAUCUGUUGGAGGCGUCUACCAAAAGGGUUCUUGCUCGAGCAGUGCUACAACCGGCUGUCGUGGCUUUCCCGAUCUCUCCCGUUUGCUUAUCUACUGACCUGAAGCAUUACUUUGUCACAGACGAUAGGCGAAAUCAUAGCGCGGAUUACUUGCUUGUAACUAACGAUUUGAUGAUCUGCCUUCGUGCCGGAUCUGCGCAGUGGGUGUGCAGACGAGAGGACAUUGAGCGCUGCGUUGUGGUGUUGCCAGCAUUCUUAGAAAGCGCCUUUCGUGCUCAGCAAGCAAUGCUCUUACGGCAGAGGCAUUGGAGGUCAACGGGUCGCGCUCACGCUGAAUCAUCCAAUCUGCUGAGAGAGAAAGAACAACCAGCAUACGACCAGUGUGGUAUAUAUACGGUGCAUAUAACCGUAGCAAACAAGCUGCACCUUGAAGAAAAGGUGCUGCGUGAUUUUUCGGCGUCUUACAAAGCGUAUGUCAGCCACGCUACGGAAAAACGCAAUGCUGUUCAAGCCCUAAAGAAAAACUUGAAGCUCCCCAGCGGCACUGCCCAGCACAGCGUCAUUAUCCAGUUACCUGAUGCCUCAACGAACAACAGUCCGUACACAAGAUUGCCCAUGCACAGUGGCGACAUCACACUACCCGGCCAAGAAGUGCGAAUGUUUGUCGCCUCAAACGUUCCAGGGGGUAGAACUACAAAAGCAGGCAGAUGUGAAGCGGAAAACACCUUACCUCAGAGUGAUGCGAGCAGCAUAAUUACAGCAAAUCCAGAUAUACAGCCUAACUGCAUUUUUCCUUUUAUGAGACUGCUUUUUUCGCUUGGAAACGUUUGCAAAGAAGCAAAUUUAGAUUGCAAGCAUUGUGCAGUAGUUCCAAGCAAUGCGUGUAUAAUCAAGAGGGACGAGCUGAAGAAAUCAAAGUUUGCUUGUCACUUGUAUUCCAAUCCCUUUUGGGAUUUUCAGGAAGAUUCCGCCCGUUCUUCCUUUAGCCGUUUUCCAGAGGUAUUGGGAGCUUGA